AUGGCGUACGGUGGCCUACUGGUGCCCAUCAUCGUCAUGAGCAUUUUCUGGGGGGUGAUCGGCGGAGUUUUGGUGUGGUUGGUCCCCAAGGGCCCUAACCGGGGUGUUAUUAAUACAGUGCUGGUGAUUACUGCUGUGUGCUGCUAUCUAUUCUGGCUGAUUGCCAUUCUGGCUCAAUUGAACCCACUCUUUGGACCACAGUUAAAAAGUGACACAAUCCUGUUUCUGAAGGAACAGUGGCCUUAACCAUUGCGUCUUUUUCUAUGGCAGUAUAUGAGCUAGGUUAUGAUAAAGUUCCUUUCAUUGAAUGAUGCCUUUACUGUAUUUUGAAUCAAUCCAUGUCUACCUUAAUGCCUGUGUUCCAUUAUGAAGAAUAUUUAACUCAGACAUUUUUCAU